GUGGCGGCAGCGGCGGCGCUCGCAUCGCUAUUGACAUUCAACUUGAAAAGUGAUCGCAGUUUGGUUGGGUUUGUUUGUUCAUCAAAUUUUUAUUGUUGUUCGUUUGUCCGGCGCAACGCAGCGGCAUCGGUGGCGGCGUUCUAUUAUACCGAGUGCCGAAGGCAAUUUUUAGCAACAAAAAAAUGUGACAAAAGUGCAACGGUUCGUGUUUGACAUGUGUCUAUUAUUUGUUUACACUACGAUUAUUUUAGGGAUUAACUUUUUGAAGUGAUAGAAGGUGUGCUUUAGACUUUGAAGAAUUGCGUGGUGUAGAUCGUUUAAAGAGAAAAGCCAAGGGACAUAAUUACAUUCAGUAAUCUAUGGCAGUCAAGGCAGCAAGGUGGAUAAGUACGACUUUUGAAUACUGUGCCAAAUUUUGCGAAACGCUUGCUAUCGCAAAAGCUAGAACAACACACAAUUCACCAGAGUGAAAGCUGCUCCAAUAAAUACACUUCUCACUGUCACUCUGUCAUUGGCAACUGAUAAGCUAGUCUAUAACUAAAUCAAUUUCUCAGCCAGUGGUGUUUAGAAUGUGACCGGUUGUUGGACUUCGAGCGCUCAUAUCGAUCAUGGCGUUUAUAUUACUUAUUUCAUUGGCAAUUUUGCUGGUCAUCUAUUUGAACUACAAUUUCCAGAAGCUACAAUCGAGUUUAUUUUCCCUCGGCAAGCGAUGUGACAAGCUGACAGUGACUAAAAAAGGAAUAUGGGAUAUACCAGGUCCUUAUCCAGUUCCAUUUCUCGGAACCAAAUGGACGUUUCUCUUGGGACACUAUAAAUUAUCUCAACUACAUGAAGCUUAUAAAUGUAUGAACGAGAAGUAUGGCCCGAUUGUCCUGGAAGUGACGCCUGGUGGAGUUCCUAUUGCCCACUUGUUUGAUAAAUCCGAUAUCGAAAAAAUCCUGAAAUAUCCCAGCAAAUAUCCAUUCAGACCACCCACAGAAAUAGUUGUUUACUAUCGCAAUUCAAGGCCAGAUCGUUACGCAAGUGUUGGAAUAACAAAUGAGCAAGGCCCAACAUGGCAACGACUACGCUCAGCACUCACUUCACACAUAACUUCGCCAAAAAUCCUACAAAAUUUUCUCCCCUCCUUGAAUUCGGUGUGUGAUGAUUUUAUCGAACUUAUUCGUCAUCGAAGGAACCCUAAUACCUGGGAGGUCAAGAACUUUGAAGAUAUUGCCAAUUUAAUGGGCCUGGAGGCAGUUUGUACUCUAAUGCUUGGUCGAAGAAUGGGUUUUUUAUCAACCGAAUCCGAGCAGCCUGAAAAAGUAAAAUUACUUGCGAAAGCCGUUAAGCAACUUUUUGUUUCACAACGAGAUUCCUACUAUGGAUACGGCCUGUGGAAGUACAUACCCACUAAAACCUACUCGCAGUUUUCAAAAAGCGAGGAUUAUGUCUAUGAUAUGAUUUCAGAGAUGGUGGAACAAGCUCUGCGAGACGAAGAAUUCGAAGUUACCAAUUUCGAUGAUGAUGAUUUGAAAAGCAUCUUUAUAAGUAUCUUACAAUUGAAAGAUAUUGACAUUCGUGAUAAAAAGUCUGCAAUAAUCGACUUUGUAGCCGCUGGCAUAGAAACGUUGGCCAACACGCUCAUAUUUGUUCUCAAUUUUGUGACUAGUAGCGGGAAUGCAACAGAACAAAUUCUUGACGAAUUCCGAGCUUAUUCUGGAAGUGUGAUUCUGCAAGAUACGAUAACAAAUGCAAAAUUCACAAAAGCUUGCCUGCAAGAGACUUAUCGUCUUCAACCGACUGCCUUUUGUUUAGCUCGAAUUCUCGAAGAGGAUACAAUUUUGUCGGGAUAUGAACUUAAAUCAGGGACAGUGGUUCUGUGUCAAAACAUGAUUGCUUGCCAUAAAAAUACCAAUUUCAAAAACGCAAUGAGCUUCAUUCCGGAAAGAUGGAUUGAAAAAGGCGCUUUUAAUGUAAACAUUGAAAGCUCAUCGAUAGUCGUUCCAUUUGGUAUUGGAAAACGUACUUGCCCGGGAAAACGCUUCGUGGAAAUGGAAGUUAUUUUACUAUUAGCAAAGAUGAUAUUAGCUUUUGAUAUAAGCUUUCCCAAACCCUUAGAAACUGAAUUUGAAUUUUUACUCGUGCCGAAAACUCCAGUGAGUUUAAUAUUAAGAGAUCGUAGUCUUUAGUUCAAUUCAAUAUAAAGUUUUAACUCCCAUAAUUAUGUGCAGAGUAAAGACUUAUUUUUCCAUUUUUUAAUUUUAUUUUUUAAAAUGUUAAGUAAAAUAUUAAUAUAUAUGUUUGUUAUAUGUAAAUUAAAUAAUAUCAUAAUAAGUGCAAUAAAUAAAUACCUUAAGGUUGAGAAAUGCGAAAACAAAUAAUUUAAGAUAAAACAAAUGAUUAGAUAAAAUGUGUUAAAUUUUCUACUAGAAGAAUAAAAUGCAUAAUUUAAUAUUUCAAAAAUGCUUUCAUCAUAAAAUUUGUAAAAAAAAGAAAAUAUAAGCCAUUUUUUAAAUAAACAUUCCGAAGUUGUUUAAGAUUUGUUAAAGGAACUAAAUUAAUUUAAAAAUGUGUAA